UGUUCAAGCAAGAGAAGUCAGAGCGGCGCGUGUUUUAAAAACUCCUCAUCAUUUAGACCGUGACGAAGAUUGUUGCAGCAAAGGGAAAAAUGUCCCUGGUAUUAAUCGACCUUGAGAUGGAAAGCGACCACCCUGAUAUUGGAAGAACCAGUAAGAAGACACAAGAGUCACCUAAAGGGUUCAAGGCCAUGUCUGAUGACCUUGAAAUAGUCAGCCUUGACCUUGAUACAGCCAAGGCUGAGAAUAAAGACCAAACUGGAGACCAAGUAUAUGGUGCUGACGACACUAAAUUGACAGAACAUACUCGAAAGGAGAAGGCUAAAAGCAAGAAGACAAAGGAUGUAAAGGAGGCAAGGGAUGCAAAGAAGAACGGGACCUCCCAGAAAAGACUCAAACCCAAGCAGAAGAACGUCGACACCAGGAAGAAACAAACAAAUGAGAGAGACACGGAAGAUACGGUUGAGAUCACCAAGUGGGACACUCUCCGCCGCCUUGUGCAUGCGUUACGACUGCGGAGAUCCGGCACGUCCUCAUCUCAACUCAACAGGGACGACUUCGGUUACGACGAUAUCCGUUUUAAUGGUCACCUGUUCGAGUACGCCCCUCAUCCCCCGAUCGUCCCCCAGGUUGACGUCCCCCGUCUCCGUCUGGGACCUACACUGAAAGAGAGACUCUACAACAUCGCCGACCGCCUCCUCCGAUGUGGAUCAGUCAGACACCACAAUCAAUACACGUUGUAGUAGAUUCGCUCCACGUCUUCUCCUUGUUGCCCCCAGUACCGCGUGCAUGUCGUAAGAGGCGACUAAAAAGAGGAUUGAGUGGUCACAGUGGGUGACCUGGUUGAUUGAAUGUCACCGUGCCCCAGUAGCGUGGAGCCAUGUUCAUGCUAUCAACCACUGGUUUAUCUGACCCAGACUAAAUAUUUGCAGGCAGACGCGAUACAAAUGGAAUAUUUUAGACUGCGGCGUGAAACAGCAUUCACUCAUCCAUAUUGUAACUGUAUAGUUUGGGUGUUUUUGAAGUCGUGUUGGGAGGUAUGAAUUGUGUAAGUCUAGGCAUCAGUGAAAUAAGGAAGAAAGGGUAACUGUAAUUUGUUAUAGCGUCUGUCACAUGUGUCAGUGAAAGUUUAGGUGUUUAUGCACACGCGCGCACGCGCGCACACACACACACACACUCAUACACUCUAAUGAACGUUGAUUUAGAAGAUUUGUCUUGUUUUAUCACAGUUUGUAUAGCUAAGCAUUUAAAUCAACCAAUCCAUGAAUUGAUAGAUACUGUGAUCGUUAACAUGGUCAUAUAACGUGAAAAAAUAAUGUAUAUCACAAAACAGCAGGCGAAAAUAUGUUUUUUAAAUGUAUUGUGUUUAUUUUCAUCAAUAAAAAAUAUUAAAAACUCCAAGUUGUAUAUUCUUUUGUAUUGAGGCUAUAUCUCUCGCCCCAAAGGUUGUACAAUGUUGCACGUCAUAGAAAAACACUAAAUGUAUGCAGCAUUCAGAAAAGUGAAGCCGUGCACGACCCCGAUUAUCCAGCCUU